AUGAGAUCCGUUUACGCUGAUGCUAUAGCUGAAAGAGAAGCCAAGAAUUCUAUUCGUAAAGAUUUUCCUGUUAUUGCAAAUGUUACAGCCAGCAAGUUUUCCAUUUCAUUUUAUUUAUCCAACAUGAAGAAACCUCAAUGGAAAUUUUGCACAUUUCAGUGCGGUAAUCCACCGUUAAGAUUCACGAUUCAACAGUUUUAUUCUACUGAUAAGAUGAGACAAGUAUCAUCCGGAAUUUUUACUUAUUAUGAAUUAAAAUUAGUUGAAAAUUGUCUUUAUAAACGUCAAGAACUGCUGCUGAGUAUUUAA